GUAGAGGAUGUUCGCGUCGGCACAUGCCGGCCGCGCGCCAUUUACUAGGUUUGCGCGGCACCCAAAGCCUGCCGAUCCAUGACAGGAAGUGCACGAGUGGCUCUGUCCAUCGCGGUGAUAGCGCUGGUCGUGACCACUAGUUGCGACGCCAGACACCCCAACCUUCUCAAAGCAAGCAAUGCGCUCCCCCGGCCUUGGCCGUUCCCCAUAGGCACCACCAUCACAACGAUCGCCCCACCCACUUUAAAUCCGCCGAAUGGUGAAACGACAGCGCAGCCGACGUUGGAACCUACCGUUGUGCCUACCCCUGCACCGCAGCCGACAACGUCGGUCCCCACCACGACGCUUCCAACGCCACCACCAGUGACGCCGACUCCCCCGACCACUGAGACCCCAACAACCAUAGCGCCAACGACGGCCGCACCAGUUACAACCACCCUGGUACCGACGCCAUCACCCACCGCCGAUCCUACAACAACGUUGGCGCCGACGACAUGGCCACCGACCGCCGAACCAACAACUACGGUGCAGCCGACACCAACACCGGCAGAAACAGAGGCACCGUCGACGCCUACUGUUUCAACGAUAACCCCUGAGCCAACUACGCCAGAGACACCGCCUCCAAGUCUAGACGACCAACCGCUCCCUCCAGCUGACCCCAUUCCCCCCACUCGACCAACCAUUGCGGUCACCACCUCUGUCCCUCCGGCAGACGACCAGAACAAGGCCAAGAACGAGACGUCCGGAAAUGCCAAAGACGAAACUGGGAUGUCAAACAUGCAGUUGCUUGCGAUAGGCGGCGGCGCACUCUGCGCCAUGGUGCUGGUCAUGAUCUUCGUCGUCGCCAGGCAGCGACGCAAGGAUGCCGACUCGAAGGAGGACGACCUGAAUCAGUGGACCGACAGUGCCUUCCACACUUCGAGGCACAAUCCUCUUCUCAACCAGAGGGCACCUUCAACCAUAUCCCAGCACCCCCGCGCGCUCGACACCCUCGAGAUGCUCCACACUUUGAACACGGAGAAGCGCGGCAAGUCGGUGCGGUUCAUGUCGGAAAGCAACCACCACUACAGGUUGAACUCGAUGGAUUCCAACAUCCUGGGCGAUCAUGAAGAAGGAAAUGAAGAGCGCUUGUCCGAAUCGCCGCGUUUUUCGAGUAGCUGGUCCAUUGGCACGACCGAUCUGUCCACUUCUCGCGAGGAGGACGAAGCGAGCUUCGCAUCGGGUGGUCUUUGGACUGCCACCGACCAGCCUCUUGAAGACAUCGAAGAGGCCUCCGUGGACGACGACAUGUCGUCGGCCGGUUCAUCUACCGCGGUGUCGCUCACGUUUUCGCCGUCAUCCCGAGGCACGUCCGAGUCAUGGGGGACGAAUUCGAACCCGAGCUUCGUCUCGAUGGAGCACCCUUCCCACGAAUUUGUUAGCACAUCCAGCAGCUUGGAAUCGAACGACAUGAUCGAGUCGUCGCGAUACCUCGACAUGAUUCACACCAACGUGCAUGUGGCCGCGGACGUGUAGAAGUUGUGCCUCCGGUAACUCGAACGGUGCGAAAUAUCUGCCCUCUUGCGUCCUCGUCGCCGUCGACUGGCUGUGUGCCCCGUGUAAACGUCGCCCAACAACGUAAUGUGUGAACGCGUAAUUCGUGAUUCUGUGGCAAA